AUGUCUCAAUCACGCGCCUGCUGCACUGUGCCGCCCAUUGUCGCCGAGGGCUAUAAAGAGAAGGGCGAGUGGAUUACCAACAAUAGAACAUACCACGACGAGGAUCGCUUUUUUGGCGUCGCUAGGACCAGUGGCAUAUGUUUUUAUGACAUCUUUGGAUUCUUCCCACAGACCCUGCAAGGUGCCGACAUACUCGCGUAUAGCGACAAAGAACGCCCAUACCAGGUGUUUAUGCCAGAUUUCUUCGAGGGCCAGCCAGCCGACAUCAGCUGGCUUCCUGCGGACACCAAGGACAAAGAGACGAAGCUUGGAGAGUUCUUCUCUACCAAGGCUGCGCCACCAAAGACACUAGAAAAGAUCCCCAAGGUCCUUGCAGAGAUCAAAGGACAACGAUCGUCAAUCAGCGAAUGGGGUGUGCUUGGAUACUGCUGGGGUGGCAAGAUCGUCAACCUCUCCUCGCAGGCGGGCACGCCCUUCAAAGCCGCCGCCUCGUGCCACCCGGCCAUGGUCGAUGAAAAGGACGCGCCUGGCAUCACUAUUCCCUUCGCGAUGCUUCCCAGCAAGGAUGAGCCCAAAGAGGAUGUUGAGAAGUGGCAAAAAGGCUUGAAAGUGAAGAACAUUGUAGAGUGGUUCCCCAGCCAGGUGCACGGUUUCAUGGCGGCACGUGGUGAUCUCAACGACAAGGCUGUCGAGGCCGACUACAAGAAAGCUUACGAGCUGGUCCUGCACUUCUUCCACGAACACAUGUGAGAUGCAGGCCUGACAUCUCGCUCUCACGUACCUACAGUAUGCUUGGGGGUUGUCAGUGGCGAUAUGUGAAACGAGUCGUCAAUGUAGACGGAAAGAAUGGUGAAUAAUGGAAUUUGCGAUUGCUCUUCGUAUCGAAAAUGGUUCGUAUUCAUGUGCCCCCAGUCUAUGUUGUAACGCCAAUCUUGAAAGGUAAAAUCCCAAAUCAUGAUCAGGACGGUGUGCCAGGCGAUAUUACUGACUCCUGAUGUCGUGCGGACGAGUCGUCGGCGAAUGUAUAGAUUUCUGCAAGGGUCGUCUAGACAAAACGGAACUAGUAUCCGGAACUCCGCGCUCAACGGCUCGCAUGGUGCAGAAGGUGUAUGAUGAGCGAACAUAGCUCGGGUAUCAUUGAGGUAGCGCAACUUCGCGCAGUCGUAACGAACAGGUGUCGUAAGUCAAGAAUAUGGCAAUCUUUAUGCCUAAUUUUCACAGGCUCAUGGUCAACCACUCCCACUCUUGUGGGCCAGUGAGCAUGGAGGCCGGAAUUCCGGUCGAUGGUCCAUUAUUUUGUUCCGGAGAUAUUUGCGAUGCGGCUUGGCCACCGCCCUGAGGAAACAUCGAAGCAUGAAUUAGUGGAGCGGUCGCUUUCGCAGGCAUGGAAGCCGGCGUGAGUGAAGCAGCCUUGGUCGCUUCGCGUUGUCCGCUCUGACCCAUGCCGCUCAUAUCCUCUGCGUCGUGCAUCUCGGCGUCGUUCUGUGGGAGCGAGUUGCUCGCUCUGCUUGCUUUCCGAACGCGCCGCGGCGCUACAAGACGUGUCGGUGCGGUCAUGGGCGGCUGUGUGGCAGGCUUUGGUGGGCCAGGGGCAAUCGGGACCACCAUUUUUACAGGCUUGUCGGCUGGGCCUGAGCUGGUGGGCGUGUUCGCCGAGGACCCACCGCCAGACUUUGGGGAGUCGGAUUCGUUGGCAACAAUCUUGCCUGGUCCAGGUGUGCCAGCCUGAACAAUCGAGUUCUUACGACUGAUUGCUUUCUUGGAUCGCCCAGAGCCGACAGGCACCGAGUUGCCGCUUCCACGGUUGCGCUUCUUAAUGACGUCUGUUUUCAAGCUCAGCGGCCGCACAACGCCAUGGAGCUUCAGAAAAAGACCGCAAGCAUUGCACAAGGGAUGACCUUCCGGGUUUCGCCGCCACAGAGGUGUCGUUUGCGUGAAGCAAUUGGUACAUGUCGUGGGGACUCCAUUGUUAUCACCUCCGGGCCGAGGACUGCCCGGCCGUGAGGGAGCUGCAGAGGUGAAGCCCGACUCUGGUGGCGAUUCCGGAGACGUUUGCGUUCGGAUGGAGAACAUCCCAGUGGCCAUGCCGACGGUGUUCGGGGUGGAAGUCGUACGGGGGAUCUUUCGAGUCCGGGGAUCGCCACCUCGAUUUCUGAUAUCGCUUACAGAAGCUGCAGAUCCAUGUCCUCUGCUCAAGCUACCCUGGUCCCAGCUCUGAGGGGACGGUAUUAGCUCAGUGCCACCUAUUUGCACUCCCUUCCUGCCUAUAUUCGUGAAUCGCCCUUCGGAUUGAUUGAAUUGCGAAGACAUCGAUUGAUCCCACUGGUAGUUGCCAUGCAUGUCAAGCGCUGAAUCUUCAGGUGAUAGUUCCUGAGUCAUCAACAUGUUGGUGUCCGGGUACGAAACGUCUUCAUCUUCAUUUUCCGAGUCGCCUCCGAAUGUGAACAUGUGCUGCUGCUCAUGACGUGACAUGUUGAGGUUCGAAUUUGGAUAAUCUUGAGGCAUGAUACGCGAGGGAUCCAGAUGACCGGGUACGUGGAACGAUGGUGCGUGAAAGCCGUGGGAUGGCGCACUGGCUGAGAUUGCACUGAACAUGGAGUCACUGUGAGGAUUAAACACAAACUGCUGCUGUGACUGAUGUUGCAUCUGCCUCGUGGGAAUCUGUUGAUGGUGCUGGUUCUGAGCCUGGUUUUGUUGGAAGUUCGACACCGAACUAGAGUGAAGCUGGUUGGCGAAGAACAUUUGUUCGCCUUCCGGUAUAGGCUGCGGCGUGGAGACGGUUGAUGGAUAUGCGGAGGCCGAUGGAGACUGGAAACUAGAGACACUGUGCGGAGGGGGCAUAUUGGUGCCAUACAUGUGCGUGAACCCACCUGUGCUCAUCAAAGGGGAGCCCACAGGGGAGAAGGAGAAAUUCUGCUGCAAAGGUCCAGCAGAGUUGAGAAUUGGGUCGCUGUCCAAAUUAAAGGUGUCCAGAUUGAACGGGAGCAGUGGAUGCUGCGUGCUGGACUGCGUAGUGACAGGGGUGUCCAGACAAUAGUCGUGCAGAGCCGCUUCCUCGGCGGGGUUCUGUGCUGCAAUGGCGCUGUUCUGCACUGGGGGGACUUGGGGCGAGGCUUCAGCGCGCCGCUUGGGAGGCCGUCGCUCGUCGAUGCUCGUUUUCCGCACGUGCCUCUGCACAUACGCAAACUCCUUGCUCGUUCGGUUCUGCUCGAGUGGAGGAACAGAAGGAGCUGAUGCACGCGCAGCAGACAGUUCGUCGGCCUGUAGUCGCUGCUGCUGCUUGAUAGGAAUCGCAGAGACGGCGACGGUAGACGAGGGAUCUCCGUCGGGCAUGCUGCCAGAUGGCGUAGGCGAUGGCGAGACGCCGGCCGGACUGCCAAUGGACGUUGGCUCCAAAAAAUCAUCCAGAUUCAUGUGAUCGUCGCCCAGCACUUGAUGCGCGUGUUGGGCAUUUUGCUCGGACGACUUGCGCAGUUGAGCAAUGCCGCUGGGAGCAUUCUGCGAGACAGGGAGCGGUCGAGGCAUGAGGCCUUGCCUCUCGAGUUGUUUGCGCCGCAGAUUCAUCGACAUCAUGCGCCACGAGAGGUUCUCGAGACGUUCCGAGUUCGGGAGCUGGCCCUUGGUUUUGUGGUACAGCUUCCAUAUCUGCGUGCCCAGUGGGUCGUUCUUUUGCAUCUCUUCAGGCGUCUCGAGAUCGGAGGGCGAGGUGACCGAGGGGACCGAAUCGUCUCUAAAGUGGUCGAAGAAGGUGUCGCGCAAGAGGCCCUUGUGAGCGUCGCGGUCAGACGGCGACAGGUCCAGUCUCGUGGACAGCGUGUCCAGGGUCGACUGCGACGUGAGCGACGCAAUGGCGCUCGACGUGCCCGAUCCACUGAUGGCGGUACUGGCGGCGGCAGUGGCGGUGGCGGCGGAGGCAGCGUCGUCGUCGUGGUGGUGGUGGUGGUGGUGAGGUGGGUUCACAUGGCGCGGAGACGAGGCAGCGUGGUGGUGGUGGUGGUGGUCGCCAAUGCUGCUGCCGUCGAGGCUCUCGAGGUCGUCCCCGCGCUCGUCCGAAAGCGUGCCCGAGCGAGAAGACAUGCACGAGGUGCGACAGGAGGGGAGGGGUGGGUGUGGGCGGGCGGGCAGGCGUGGGUUGAGGGCGAGCGUGUGGGUGCGGGAGUGUGUCUCUGAUGUCUCUGGUGCUCUCUGCCCGUGAUUCCGUGAAUGGUCGCGGGCAGUGGUGGUGGAAGCCGCUUUCUUGCCGCCGCUGCUGCUGGUGCUUGCUCGUGCUUGGAUCCGGUCUGGCUCUGCUCUGCUCUCUGCUGCUCGGCCUCGCUUAAGACUGUGAGUGUCCCCGGCAAUAAUCUGCACGUGCAGGCAUAGCACGUUCGCCCCGUCGAUGUGGAGGGUAUUAGGGUGGGUUGUGCCGCUGUGGAUC